CUGGCGGUAGUUGCCGUCUUGCUGCCGUCGUGAGUGGUGUUGCGGAAAUUGCAAGACUUGCAAACCUGUUUCUUCUAUGAGCCUUCUAGAUCCAAGUUAGCUUAUAGUAAAAAAAGUGAAACUUUUUUCUAAUCUUGUAAAAGUGUAUACGGUUUUAAACUGAAUUAUUGAAAUUUAGGACUGAGACACAACCUUACGAAUACGAUCACGCGACCACAUCGUGAUAUCUUUUUUGUUCAAAUUAAAAAUAUUAAGUCAUAGAAAGGAAGAAGAUUUGUGAUUUCUUGAUAAUAUUGUAAAAUGGGUUAGUGGAAUUGAGGCAAAUCUGGAUUUUUGUGAAAGUAUUGACCAUUGACGGAAACGUAAAGCCUAUAUAUAAUGCUAACUCGAGUGUCCACCAAUGCCUGAAUCGUCAAAUUUGACGUAUCAACCGAUCGCGUACCCGGCGGGCCGGCUUCAAAUACUCGAUACUUUACAAGUUAAUACUGUAGAAGACCAAGAAGCUAUGACUGAGUUGAAAUUAAAGAACAACAAUUUGGUGUACAAUGUGAUGGGUCGGAGUGACUGGCGUCCAUUUGUGUACGGAGGAGUUUCUGCAUGCAUUGCGGAAUUUGGCACUUUCCCGAUCGACACGACGAAGACUCGCCUGCAGAUCCAGGGCAGUCGCGUGGACGGUGAGGUGGUGGCCACGCGCUACCGUGGCAUGCUGCACGCGCUCUUCAGGAUCAGCAGUGAAGAGGGCAUCAGAGCCUUAUAUCAUGGAAUCGCACCAGCUGUGUUACGACAAGCAACUUACGGUACCAUCAAAUUUGGCAUUUACUACAGCCUCAAGAAAAUGUUCUGCCCUCCUGAGAAGGAGAGCUUACCUCGCAACGUAGCUUGUGCUGUCACAGCAGGAGUGAUCGGAAGCAGCAUCGCUAAUCCCACGGACGUCCUGAAAGUUCGUCUGCAGAGCGGCCGCGGCAAGACAGACCAGGGGCUCGUCGACGCCUUCCUCUCCAUCUACAGAAUGGAAGGCGUCCAGGGUCUCUGGAAGGGCGUUGGGCAGACGGCGCAGCGGGCUGGGGUGGUGGUGGGCGUGGAGCUUCCACUCUAUGACAUCUGCAAAUAUUAUUUCCUGAAGUACGGACAGCCCAAUUCUCCCUCCACCCACUUUAUGUCGAGUCUCAUUGCCAGCCUGGGAGGUGCGAUCGCCUCCACUCCCAUCGACGUCAUCAGGACAAGAUUGAUGAAUCAACGAAAGCUGAAGUACAGUGAGAACGCACCUGCGUUAUUGCCCAACACAUACUACAAAGGUUCAAUGGACUGCCUUAUGCAGACAGUUCGUCAUGAAGGAGCCAUGGCGCUUUAUAAGGGUUUCAUCCCCACAUGGCUGAGGUUGGGACCAUGGAAUAUUAUUUUUUUCGUAACUUUUGAGCAACUUAAAAAAAUCUACUAGUAACAAUAUUGUUAUAGAACUUGUAUGAUGAAUUAAAUGCUCUUCGAUAUUAUGGUCUCCAUUUCUACUCUCGAGUCUCACAUUAAUGUUCUCCACUUUCUUGUAUGUAUGUUUGCUCAGAUAUCUCGUCACCAUUCACGAGAUAUUAUCUGUUAUCUCAAUACUGCUACGGUACUACGGGGGUAUAAAGCUGGAUUGAACCAUGCUGCUAGAUAUGCGACUGAUACCGUACAUUUUUUCACCAUGCAAGCAUGGGAAAUAAAUGUGUAGAUUGAUUUGCAGUGCUAAUUUUGCAUAUUAAAGAAGAAAAUGAGUACUAAGGAUUCUUAAAAUUCUCUUUGAGAGGGGAUAGAAGAGGCUUGAAUAGAAAUAAAUAUGUGAUUAAAUUGCAGUAAUAAUGAUGUAAGUUAAAGACGAAAAUGGGAACUAAGGAUGUGCAAAAUUCUGUUGAGAUACGUAGGUCAGAAGAGACAUACGUGUGUGAUAACGAGUACUAAGUUUGUUAUUUCUGCCUGCGUCGUAACGAGCCACUUCUGGCUGUUUACAAGCAUCCGUCGUAUCGUCGGUCGUAGCAUUUUCUUGAACUACAUGCCACGUCAGACAAUAUUCAUAGUUGAUCUGUGUCCACUUGCUCUUAUGUACCUUGGCUGCUGAGUCAAUCUGUUUCUCUGUACGUGUCUUAAGAUACAUUCUCUUGAUGGCAUCAUGCGUGAGCUUGGAAAUGAUUUCUGGUCUAUUGUUGCAGCUAUAAUGAAUCAUUUACAAGUAAAUUUUUGCAUUAACUACAAAAUUGCCGGAAAGUCUGAAUUUUUUUUAACGAUUCUUUCAAACGACCAAAUAUCGAUUUUGGGCUUCAACAAAUAAUGAAAAAAAAGGCUUCAUUUCGGAUAUCUUCUCGUAAGGUGUUGAAAAAUGUACGCUCUAGUUCUAGAACGUUUGGGAAUCGGUUUUCAAUGCUGGAAUAUUUUGUACAUAAAUGUUCAGUCGGUGUAUCUUAGUUAAUCUCGACAGGAUCUAUUGUAUAAAUGAGUGUCAUUCUUUGGGCAUACGUUUUAGUCUAAUGAAUGUUAUGACUGUAGUAAGUUUAUGGAGCCGUGCUCUAUGUUCUAUUGUUCAAGUAUGGGUAAUCUAUAUAAUUAAUUUAUUCCCAAUGUGCCCUGUUGUGCUAUUACACUUCAUCCAAUGUAUGGUAGCUCUCUUAUCACAUACAAAUUUUAUAUCUGAACCCCAGAUAUCACCGCAUUAAAGUGAAUUUCGUAACUUUCUUGUGAAGUUCUACUGUCAGUAUUGUAAAAUAUUGUUCAGUUAUUCAUUUUAUUAAUUUCAUAUUAUUUAGAUAGUUUCGUUGACUUAGCGUUAGCAAUACAGGAAAAUUGUCACUUGUUUUAAAAGACAACUGCCUUUGUAUGCCACGUUGAUACAAACAUCUAGAACCUUGUAGGUUUCAGAAGAUACCGAGGCUAUAAUCUUCUGUUAAUAUCUACUCUUAUUUCGAGGAGAUGGUCGGCAACCGAUGCAUCAAUUCUACUGCAGUUAAAGGACAUAAAACAGCGUUCGAAUUAAAUUCGACUAUCUUAAACAGAAAUUACACAGGCUCUGGUUAAUUAGCAGAUUUAUCGUGAAUUCAAUUCUUUGCUAUACUUGCAGGCUAGCAAUAUUUGUAUCGUAUGUUGGCAUUGGAAGAAGUGUUGUCACAGAAACUGCCAAUAAAUAUUUUUGUAAAA